CUGAACUCUUCAACAGUUCAACCUCCAUUUUCAUUCAGUUGAUAGAAAUCUCAGCUGCUCAAUCACAAAUCUCCCGACCGAUCAUCAUCAGGAAAAAGGAAGAAGGAAAGAAAGAGGAUGAAGUUUAUAAUGGAAUUUGCGGAGAACUUAAUUCUGAGGAUGAUGGAGGAUCCAAAAGAAAGGGAUAAGAAAUUUAGGGAACACUUGUACCAUUUGAAAGACAGGUGUAACAAGACUAAGGAGAUGUGGGCUCUGCCUUUGCGUCCCUACGGAUUCUGGACCUUUGAACGCCACAAUGCUCAGAUUUUCUGGGAUGCUCAGAUCAGUCAAGUUGCUGGCCGCCGUGAUCCCUAUGAUGACCUCCUUCAGGAGGCCACCAAACCGACUCCCGUUUCCAGUGAUCCUUCAACUAAGAAAUAGUAUGUAUUUCCGAUACUGACUUUUGAUUCUUUAGGUUGAGUUUUUGUUUCUUUCAUUUAAUUCAUUCCAGUUUGAAUUUUGUUGUUCCUUGUGUUUUAUUUCAUAAUCUGCUGGCUGCACUGUUUCCCUUAUUUUUAGAUCCAUGUGGUAUGUAACUUUUCAAUGGGGAAGGGGACAAGCGAGAAAUUGUGGAUUUUAACAGAACACAAGAGUGAAGUAUGAUAAUGUAGCUGAACUGAUGUAUUGAGAUGAAGGCUUAAUUGCUGUCGUUUGUGGAAUGAGAUUUACCAUAAUUAAUAUCAUCCCACAUUCGACUCUCCCUUCUUGUGGAUGAUUUUGCUGCCUUAAUUCGUCUAAGAGGAUCAUGUAUAUUUCAGCGUCUUUAACAUGUUUCCGGAGGUCAUUAAGCAUUAUGCUUGUCUUUACUUCCUUAUGUCGUGCAUCAAUUUUUACUGUUAAAAGUGCAUAUUUGAGUUAUGUGACGACUUGCAUCAUUAUGGUAGGAGUCUCUUUAGCAUGUUCUCAAAGGUUGUUAUGCAUUAGUAUUUGCUGUACGAAGAGUCGGAUUAGUUGACCAUUAAGGCAGAGCUUUAUGAACUUGAAAAUAACUCUUUGUAUCUGAGAUAUGGAGCUGUUCAGAUUGUCUGCCGUAUUAUAUUGAGCUUUGUAUUUGGUUGCCAUGUAUGAACAGUUAACGGUGUCAUACCUGCUGAUUGAUCACAACUAGUAACUAUGGAACUAGAAUGUAGGUGUAAAAUAUAGAGCAAGUGAAGACUUUAAAAUCGAACAAUUUCCAUAAAAGCUAUUUAGCUAGCCUUUCUUGUUAUAGCUCCUGUAUUUUGCAUAAAUUUCCUGCUCAAAGAAGAAAUUGUAGCUCUGAUUGUAGCUAGAAGAUUCUUACUAAUUUAUUCUGCUUGCAGAAUGAUGGGUAAGCCUUGUUGGGGGAGCAAGGAGGUGGAGUCUUCAUGUUUCUUUCUUUGCCUGUUUGUAAUCACACAUGUGACUUCUUUCUAGCACCGAUUAAACUUCAAAUAAGGGACUCAGGUGUUAAUGUUGUCGCAUAUUUAUUUUGUUUGCUUUUAUUAUUUUCUUGGUGUCUGCCAAUCAUUAUGAAAUGUGAUUUUGUAACUUGUGGAAAGCAUCCAGUUGAACUGUGCAGUCAUGCCCAUGAUGCUAGUUUACACCCCCCGGGUCCAGAUUGAUAUUAGGAUCUAAUAAAAGACUCUCUGGAAGGUUAAUGUGACGUGUUUAAUGGUCAUUGGCAAGAAUUGGUUUAAUAUGAGUUUUGUUAAAUUUCAUUUAUAUUGCAUCGUCCG